GCCUCAGGCCGGUGAAGUCCUGGUUAAGGUGCGGGCUUGUGGCGUCUGUCACUCUGAUAGCUUCUUCCAGCAGGGCAAGUUUGGCGAACAUGGAUUCCCCCGCAUCCCGGGACAUGAAGUCAUUGGAACUGUAAUCGCGGUUGGCGAAGGUGAGAAGAAAUGGAAGGUUGGCGACUGUGUUGGUGGAGGGUGGCACGGUGGACACGAUGGCCUCUGCAAGGCGUGCAAUCGCGGCUUGUUCCAAAUGUGCGACAAUCAGCUGGUCAAUGGAGUGAGCAAGGACGGUGGAUAUGCGGAAUACUGUACCCUUCGCAGCGAGGCCGUCGUCCGUAUCCCUACCGACGCCAACCCCGCCGAGUACGCCCCCCUUUUGUGUGCCGGCGUGACUGUGUUCAAUGGCAUUCGCAAGAUGAACAUCCAGCAGGGUGAUACAGUGGCCAUCCAGGGUCUGGGAGGUCUCGGUCACCUCGCUCUGCAGUAUGCCCGCAAAAUGGGAUACCGCACCGUGGCUCUGUCGUCAUCUGCCGACAAGAAAGACUUUGCGUUUGAGCUGGGAGCGACAGACUACAUUGACACGUCGAAAGAGUCUGCGGCAGAAGGACUGCAGAAGAUGGGCGGUGCAUCGCUUAUUGUUGUCACGGCGCCGAAUGCUCAAAUCAUGGGACCCUUGGUCAAUGGGCUCGGGCCGCUGGGUAAGCUGCUUGUUCUUGCGCCUGUGGGAGAUGUGCCGAUUAACACGGCGAAUCUGGUUCACGGCGGCCGAUCGGUUCACGGAUGGCCAUCCGGACAUGCAUUGGACAGCGAGGAGGCGAUUGACUUUGCCGAAAAGCAGGGGGUCAAGUGCAUGGUUGAGAAGUUUCCGUUUGAUCAGGUCGAGGAUGCUGUCAAGCACAUGGAAAGCGGAAAGGUGCGGUUCAGGAGCGUGAUGAUCAUGGAGUAGGCGGCCGCUGGGAUGAAGCUGGGUGUGCAUGGGAGAGGAGCGUCGUUGGAAGCGGGCGCGAGCCAAGCGUCGCGAACUAUAGCUCGAGUGCUAAGGAAACACGGAAACAUUUG